AUGCCAUUUGGUGAAGUGGUGUGUGGUGCGCCAGGAAGUGGUAAAUCGACCUACUGCUAUGGCAAGCACCAGCUAUUUACUGCUUUAAACCGCCCAAUUUCCAUCGUGAACCUCGAUCCAGCUAAUGACAACAUCCCUUAUCCAUGUGCGAUUGACAUUGCUUCUUUAAUUACCCUUCAGGAUGUGAUGGACGAGCACGGGCUUGGCCCCAAUGGAGGAAUGCUUUACUGCAUGGAGUAUCUAGACGCCAACUUCGAUUGGCUCGAGGCACGGCUGAAAGAGCUUGGACCCGACGCAUAUGUUUUGUUCGACGUACCUGGUCAGGUCGAGCUUAGCACAAACCACGACGCAUUAAAACACAUAGUGCAGCGGUUAACAAAGAUUGGGUUUAGGUUAGCUGCCAUCCACCUCUGUGAUGCGCACUAUGUGACCGAUCCCGCCAAAUAUGUUUCCGUACUUCUCCUAUCCCUUCGGACCAUGCUACAGCUGGAACUGCCGCACAUCAAUGUUUUGUCAAAGGUUGAUCUGAUAGCUCAAUAUGGAGACCUGGACUUCAAUCUCGAUUUUUACACGGAAGUUCAAGAUCUCUCCUACUUGGAGAACGCACUGAAUGCCGCGUCGCCACGAUACACUGCUCUCAACAUGGCAUUCUGCUCCGUAAUCGAGGACUACAGUCUUGUGGGCUUUGAGACGCUAGCGGUUGAGGAUAAGCCCUCGAUGCUCCAUCUAAUGCACACUAUCGAUCGAGCGACAGGAUACGUUUUUGUACCACCACACGACGCCCCAGCACCAGAAGGGACACUUGAAGCUUCGUCUACUCCUAAGUCGGCGAGGCCCAACACCUUUUCACUGUUCUCGUCUGCUGCAGGUCCUAUGGCAGGUAGCGUGCGGGAUGUGCAGGAACGUUGGGUCGACGCUCGCGAACAAUGGGAUGCAUUUGAACGCAAAGAGUGGAGACAGGAAGGACAGAUGAUCAGGGAAGCGAGGGAAAGGGAGAAAGCGGAGAAAUAUGAAGGUAGGGGGAAGAGCGGGAUUCGGGAACGAAAAUAG